UUCAGUAGUGCUCCAAACGUGGCCUUUGGUUCUGGUGGUGCGACGGAUCCCACGGAACACAACAGACAAGGAUAGGAGGCAGAAAAAAAAACCGAAAAUGGAUAAGCCCACUGAAGCCACGGUCGACUCUGGCGGUGGUGAGCAAGCGGCGGGUUCCGGAAUAUUUUCAAUUUCGACGCCGGAUAAAAACUUCGAGAUGGGGAAACGAAAAGUGCGAAUUUAUGCGACGAACGCGACCAGGCAAAAUGAUUCGGAAGAGAGUGAUUAUGAGACUUCAGCGGAAAAUGAAUACGUUCAGAAGCGGGAUCAGUAUAUGCGACUGAGGGACGAACACGUGGAGGCCGUGGUUAUACUGAAGAAUGAAACCGCCGGAAGGGGUGAGCCAAGCGAUGCAAUGGAUGCGGUUCUGAGAAAUAAUGGAAGACUGACAUUCAAUUUGACGCCAGAGGAGCUUUGCGAUUCGCGAAAGUCCGUUUCGAUGGGAAAUUUCGCGCUGGACGCUGGCAGAGGUGUUGGGACGAGAAAGUCGAGCUUGAGAAAAAACUCGUUACAUAACAAUCAGUCCGAUCUGGAGAAGCGGUUAACGAUGGCGAAACCCAAGCCUGUUCCGGACCGGGCUGCCAUUUUUGGUUCCCCGAAAAAAAUCCUUAUGCCGGUGUUUGGUGAUGAUCAGGAAUGUGAGAGUUUCUGUGAUCAAAAGUGUCAGAUGAAUUUCGACGAAAUAUUAACCGUAUACGAUGAAUUCCCAACGGAUUUCCUACCGAUCCGUUACAAGUGUGGCAUUUGCAAGAAGCUAUGCCACGACCCACGCGUGUUAGACUGUUUGCAUACUUUUUGCAAGCGCUGCUUGGUUGAGCUGGAUGCGAAUAUAAACAUCGGAAGUAAUCAAUUUUGGCGCCGUAUCACCGAGAGUGGGGACUUUGGUUGGACCUUUAGCGACGAUAAAAUAGCGGAUGAGAAGCUCCAGGAUGCAGCCGCAGCUGCACCUGAACCGUCACGCUCGACCACCGUAGCUAAUCAGCGAGAUUUCAUCGGAGAAUCGCGAUUCGAUCAGAUUAGAGCAUCCUUCCAAAGUUUCAAAGAGAAAAGUUGCCUGAAAUCACCAUCAAAAGAAAAGGCAAGUAUUUCCAACUGGUUUCAUGGUUCGAGUUUAUCUCCGUGUCGCAACAAUAAACUGUUUCAGCCCAAAGACAACGCCAUAACCAAAUUAGUGUAUAGUGACGACCGAAGAGUGCUGGUAUGUCCAAGCUGCGGCGCUCUAACGGAACUGACGCUGGGGGGCGUCGAUCGUCUGCCACCGCAUUUCGUAAUGGCGCGUAAAAUAGAGGAUAUCGUUUCCGCAUGCGGAAAUCCCCCGCCGAAUGUUUUCUGCGAAUUGUGCACAAAUGAAGUAGCGGCAACGUCAUCCUGCUCGACCUGCUCUCUGAAACUGUGCAACUUCUGCAAGGAAGCCCAUCAGCGCCAACGUAUUACGUCGACUCACGUGGUCCGAACGCUCGCGGAACUGCUGAAAAAGUCCCGCCGCCACGACCCGGAGGCACGUUCGAUUAAGUGCCCCAUGCAUCCGGAGCAUCAAUUAAAAUUAUUCUGCACCACUUGCCACCAAGUGAUAUGCAAGGAGUGCGCCGCGUUUGUUCACCGAGACCAUAAAUACACGUCCGCGUCGAAAGCAUGCAAAGUCUACACCCGGUUCGUGAAAAAUGCCAUCGAGCAGACCAAACCGCUCGAGGAUUACGCCAUGCAAUCCGUCGGCCGGCUCAACGAUAUGUCGAUAAGGAUCAACAGCAAGUGUGAAGCCGUCGAGCGGGAUGUGGAGGCGUACAUCGACGAGUAUAUCGAGGCCCUGGAGGCCCACCGGAAGAGCCUGCUGCAGCAGAUUGGCGAUGUGCGGGAUGCGAAAAUGGAGAUGAUAAUGGCGCAAAAGAUAGAUCUUGAACAACGCUCGCAGAACGCCCGCGCCGCGAUUGACUUCGCCGAGGAGAUAAUCAACGAGGGUAAUGAGAUAGAAAAUUUAAUUUUCGUCAGCAUUCUCGUGAAGCGCUUCGAGCAGUGCCUGGUAUCGAAUCGGGCUCUCGAUUUCAAAGUGACGGACACUUUGGAAUUUCUGCCCGAGGAAGCGACACCCGGUGCCAAAGUGCAGAACCGGAUUGCGCUGCACGGGGUCAUCACAACGCAGCGGGUUGAUCCGAAAAAGUGCACGCUGGAGAACAGCGCCGAACUUGCGUGCCUCAAGGUGCACCGAAAGGUGGACCUAUUACUCGUCACCAAGGAUUAUGAGGGUCGGCCAAUGAAUUACGGCGGGAUGACGGUACAAACGGAUCUGCGUUACCGUGACGGGGAGGCCCGGAUCGUCCCACUCGGUGUGUUCGAUAAUAGAAACGGGACCUACCGGCUAUCCUUCGUGCCGGAAAGAGCAGGUGUUAUGAAUCUGAUAAUUUCUGUUGAUGGGAGGGUUAUCGAUGGCUGCCCGUAUGUGCUGAGAAUUCGAAACUUACGGCCACAUUUCGGGGUUUAUCACUGCUGUUCGUUUUGCUCGAGCAACGGAUCGAAGUACAGCACGUGUGCAUGCGGUAGCGUGAUGCCCGGGGGCUACCGCGGUUGUGGACAUGGUCACGAGGGUCAUCCCGGACAGAGGCAUUGGUCCUGCUGCGCAAAUCUGCAGGAGCACUCGGAUUGUGCCGCGUUGGCGAAGAAAAUCAGUAAGAUCGUUUGAAACACAAUGAAAUAAAACUAAUAUAUUAUUAU